AUGGACAGAAAGUCUGCUAGAAUAAAAGCAGAGUUACAAAGAUAUGGUUGGAGAGUUUCGAAGAAUUUUAAAUAUAGGAAGGGAAGACCCAUAAAAGUCUAUGACAAAUUGUCUGGUCUUCGCUACGAAAUGGAUUUGGAAACAGCAUGUGCCAAUUAUCCAAACAGACUAGAGAGGUUAGAAGAAGAACGUCUUAUGGACAUGCCUUUCGAUGUUAGUGAACCUCAAGUUGAAGGACACGACGGCUUUGCCAGAUUCUACUGGAAACAUGACGAACAAUUGCAUCCUUUGAGAAGGAAAAAAGGAAAAGGUGAAGACGCACAUGCUCCCAUGGAAAGAACAAGAUAUGCAUAUGAAAAGUAUCGUGAAGUUAGAAGUCAAAUUACAUCUGGUCGAACCUUUACAGUAAACUUUGACGAAGGAAAGAACAAAGAAGGCUUCAUGGGA